AUGGAGCUCCGGCCAGGCCCCUACGACCGUCCCAACGGCGAGAGCCGGCGCGGUGCGGAGCGCGGUCCGCCGGAACGCGAGGAGAGCUGUCCGUUCUGCAGGUGGCCCGUGGAGAAAUGGUGGCCGUUGAUCUAUGCUCCCGUGGUCGAACUGGGUGCUGAGACCUGGCGCUCCUGCCAUUUGAAAUGCCUUUUGGACGCCCUCCGCCGCGACGAGGAACAUCCUCGCGCGGCCGGCGUGGAGACAAGCUUUGGAGAGAGCGUCUUGGAGCUGGUGACGCGAGCGGAGAAGGCACUCUUCUCUCGCAAGCCAUCCGCACGAUUGGGCUUGGAGGACGAGAGAAUGUGCUUGGCGGCUCAGAGCACGCUUCCCCCCCACCUGGCCCUAUGA